AUAAAAAAAAAUGUUUGCAGUAGCAUCACCACACGCAGCAGUAAUCGACGGACAAUCAAGUACAGACAGCGUAGGAACACACAGUGAUGUUUCAGGCAAUACGACGAUAUCAACAAAACCAAAGAUCCAGGUUGUCUGUGUGAUCGACUUGACCCAGCCGGAGAAUCUCAGUGACCGAAAGCGUGCAUUGGAGGAAAUAAAGCAAGCAUGUUCUUUAGUAAACACCAGUUUCAAUAUGGUCCAGUUCGAGAAACUGGACUUUGGAGAGACAAAUGUCUUGGAUUUGUUCUACAACGCGGACGUAGUGGUGGUCGACCUGAGUAUCAGAGACCAGCAGUCGGCUCUUUUUUACCACCUUGGAGUGCGAGAGAGUUUUGGAAUGAAAGAGAACAUAAUGCUCUUCAACGACAUCGAGUCUGAGGCGACUGUACGUCUGAAAGUGUCCUGCUGUAAUUACACAUUCGUUCCUUACCGAGUGCUCGAAUGCGGAACCUGUGUCACCACUAUGAGCAUGAAACCCGCGCGGGCUGGAGAAGAAGUCCUAGAUCCAAAGCAGCAUCUCACGCUGAGGCUAAAAAAACUCCUCCAAGAUGUCGAGGUUCAGUCGAAAGCUCAUAUGAAGGAAAAGUUUCUCGCCGAUUUGCGUAAAGCUCGCGAGAGUUUCUCCGGAGCGGAAUUAUCGCGUGCAAUAAAUAAUAUGCGCAAGCGACUUGACGAUCCAAAUGUUCUCUCUGGAGAAGUUAUUUUAAAUAUCAUGAUUUCAUACCGCGAGAUCCAGGACUACGACGCUAUGGUACAGCUCGUUGAAGAUCUUUACACGAUCCCGAAUCACAAAAACUACAUCAACACCCCGAUGAUUACUUAUCUGUACAGCUUCGCUCUGAGUCGGCGGAACAAAGAAGGUGAUCGCGAACGAGCUGUUAGGAUUGUUGAAAAAGCGCUAGAGAAAAAAGAAAACCACGUUCCUGAUAUGCUAUGUCUCUGCGGAAGGAUUUACAAAGACAGGUUCGUUGAAAGCCGUCACAGCGAUCAGGAAAGUCUAAAAAAUGCUAUUCACUGGUACCGCAAAGGUUUUGAAGUUCAGCCUAACGAGUACGCGGGUGUUAAUUUGGCGACGUUGCUAGUAAUCGCGGGUAAUGACUUUAGCAACAGCGAAGAGCUACAACACAUUGGGAUGGUUUUGAAUAAUUUAAUAGGAAAAAAAGGAAGCUUGUCGAGCCUGAAGGAGUACUGGGAUAUCGCGACAUUCUUUGAAAUAAGUGUCCUGGCUCAGGAUUAUGCAAAAGCACUGCAAGCUGCUGAAUGCAUGUUCAAAUUAAAAGCACCCAAUUGGUAUUUAAAGUCAACGAUUGGAAAUAUUUCGCUGAUUAAUAGGUUUAGAAAGAAGAAUGAAGAGAGUGAGUCUUCGGCAGAAGAACAGAUAUUUAGUUUUUGGAUGGAUUAUUUUAUCGUAGCUACCGAGAACGAUGUUAGCAAUUGCAUCCGCUUUCCGUUGCUAAUUCUAGAGCCGUCGAAAAUUCUAAUGCCGUCUUACGUUAAUGUUAAUCUGGGUGCUGAAGAAAAAUCUAUUCAGAUUGUUAAUAUAUGUUUGAAUUGUUUGAAAAAUAAUUGUAAGCAAGUUCACGACUGGCUUUUCACCGCGAAUAUGAUUCGCAGUGUCAGUUUGUACAAACGUGAUAAAAGGUGCUUGUUUUUGUACGUCCACGAAAAUUCAGACGACUUCCAAAUGUUUUUUCCCUCGGAAAUCUGCAGGCAGAGGUUCUAUGAUCUUGUACUGGAGAUGACGGUAGACCAAGAGGGAAUGGUUACUAAUUUGGAUUCUUAUAUGACUGAUGGGCAAAUCAAGUAUGAGUAUGAAUUAGAUGACCAGGGGAAACGUACUGUGCUUGGCAAAGGUACUUAUGGAAUUGUUUACGCAGCGAGGGAUUUAAAUACCCAAGUUAGGAUCGCUGUUAAAGAAAUAAGGGAGAAAAAUUUAGGAGAUGUACAGCCGUUGCAUGAAGAAAUAAAAUUACACAGUCAACUGAGGCACCGGAAUAUUGUACAGUACUUGGGCUCGAUAAGUGAGGACGGAUUUUUUAAAAUAUUUAUGGAACAAGUACCUGGAGGUAGUUUAUCUGCUUUGUUAAGAUCUAAAUGGGGGCCACUGAAAGAGAACGAAUCGACAAUAUCGUAUUACACUAAGCAAAUUCUUGAAGGAUUGAAAUAUCUGCACGAUCAAAAGAUUGUUCACCGUGAUAUCAAAGGUGAUAAUGUAUUAGUAAAUACGUACAGUGGCGUUGUUAAAAUAUCCGACUUUGGAAUGUCUAAAAGACUAGCUGGACUUUGUCCAAGUACUGAAACAUUUACUGGUACAUUGCAAUAUAUGGCGCCGGAAGUUAUUGAUAAAGGACAACGAGGAUAUGGUGCACCGGCGGAUAUAUGGUCAUUAGGUUGUACAGUAGUAGAAAUGGCAACAGGAAAGCCUCCCUUCAUUGAGCUUGGAUCGCCUCAGGCUGCAGUAUUCAAGGUGGGAUAUUACAAGAUACAUCCGGAAAUACCGUCGGAGUUAUCAGAGCGAGCUAAAAAUUUUAUAUUACGUUGUUUUGAACCCAAUCCUGACGUUAGAGCUCCUGCCUCGGUUCUUUUAGAGGAUCCAUUUUUAUAUGAAAAGAAAAAAAGUUCACGUUUACCAGCACCACCAGACUUCAGUCGCAGUAUUUCGGUACCAGGCGACCGAAUUGAACGAUUGAAUAAUAAUAACAAUAAUAAUCGUGACAAAAUAAACAAUAAUGUUAUUUCAACGCCGCCGAUUCAAGCAUCACAAUCAGAUGAUAGCCAGCGGCGAAUGACUCUCACCAGGGUGUUGACUCAAGACGGAGCUACUCUCUGCAAAGUUUGGUUGGAAUAUAUUAACCGAGACGGCGCGCAGACAGUAAUAAAUAUACCGCAUCUGGAGUUAUUGCUGCGGGGCUUACGUGAUUAUAUAUCUGAUCGGAAUCAAGAUUCAAUUACCACGGCAUUACGGACACUUAAAGAAGAAUUGGCAUUUGACUCAACGACAAUUAAUCAACUACAAUUGGCUAUUUAUUUAUUUCAAACUGCUGUUAAUGAUGUUCUCAGAAUGCACAAACUCGGCGCCGGAUUAAUUGAUCAAGAGCGAGCUCAAGCGGGCGCAGACGGUCCCGAAGAAGGAUCAACGUCUGUUAUGUCAACCGUAAACUCUUUGAAAUCCCACAAGACUGUCGAUUCUAUAGAAAAUAAUAAAUAUUGGCGUGAAUAUCAAGAGCAAAUGGGUAAUUUGAAAAUAGAUAGCAUUAAACUAGUCCAAGAAUUACUCGAGAGUCAGAAAAUUUAUCAUACUCUGCUGCAAAAUGCCCUGGAGGAACAGAGAGCGCAAAUUGGUUCUCUGACUCAUCUUUGUGAGGACAUAAGUCGACGAUUUUCACGGCAAGAAUCCGGAUACAAUUCGAGUAUACACGGGACCGCAUCUCCACAACCGUCAUCAGUGUUGGUGCCUCAAAUAAGUGUGACAGAUCAUAAUACUCCGUCGAACACAGACAACAAACUCGUUGAAUGGCUCCAAGGUCUUGGCAUCGACGAUAUGUCUAUCGAAAGGAUAAUAUAUGAAGAAUACACGCUAGAUGAUAUUUUAAAUAGUAUUUCUAGAGAAGAUCUACGAAGAAUAAGACUCAAAGGUGGUAUUGAAUUAAAAAUUUGGUCGGCCAUAAUGUCACAUCGUAAUAAUAACUAA